CGUAGCUCACACAUACGACGCGUUCAUCGCUUCGUAAACAAUAGAGAUUUUCAAUGUGUGUGUAGCUUGUUCGUUCGUUUGGUUGACAAUCGCGAUGUGAUGUAUUCUACAUCAUCGCAUGCUGAGUUAUAUUUUCAACAAAACCUUUUAAUUUUUAAUUAAGUUACUUGAUUAAUUUCUAAAUGUUUUCUUUCGUUGUGAAUACCUUUCUCUGUUUUAAUUUCUAAAUAUGUGUAAUUUGCCGCCGAAGUUCCAUUCAGUGUGUCGCCUUUGUUUAUCAUUCUGUGGCGAUAAUUGCAGUGAUGUUAAACUUCCAAUUUUCGACCGUGAUAAGGAUAAAUCACGACUUUCCGAGAUGAUAAUGGCAAAUUUGUCAAUAAUGGUGUCCCCUGAAGACUUGCUGCCACAAGUUGUGUGUGGGAGCUGUGCACACAAACUUGAUGAAUUUCACACCUUCAGAGAGUUAUCACACAAAUCUGAACGGCUUUUGGAACAGUUCGUGCAAUAUGCCAAUUCACUAUCUGGUCCAAAAGAGGAGAUCCUGAACAUAACGGCGGCAAAAUUGGAAGAAAUAAUCAAACCACUGAGCGACAGCGAGUACGAGCACGAAUUAAAACACAAAUAUGCCGAGAUCGGCUCUCCGGAUUCAACUGAGGAGAUGAAGAACUUGGAGAGCCGGCAAGCGGCGGUCACACUACUGCAGAUUAAAAAUUACGACCCAAGUAAAUAUGCGGUCAAACAAGAAGAGGAGCCUCAUAUAAUGUUCAACAGCGUGCCGAGUUUACCGCCCUCUGACAGAGCGAGAGAGGUGAUGCACUGCAACACCGUCAUCGAUAUUAUAAGCAAGGCUGUGGCGGUCGCGCAGCGGGAAAACGAAGAAUCUCAGAAGUAUCCACCGAACUACACGGGCGUCAUCGACAGGACACACGCGAGCGGCGCGGCCGACACCUACGCGCAUGAGUACCCCGACGAGCAGUACAGCGUGUACAGCGCGCCGCCACACGCCGCCAGCCCCGCCAGCAACGAAGACCAUGACAACAAGGAAAUGGACCUCUCUCUAUACAGCACAGUCAAGAACGAGCCCGCGGAACAGACCGACCAGCAGGAACAGAACAACUCAUACUUCCACACAACACUUACACACAAGCCCAACUUUGUUGACGAGUACAAGCAACACGUUUUUGGACGAAACAAAAUGAAGACGUCCAAGGAGAAUUCAUCGGUGUAUGAAGAUUGUAGUCGGAGUAGUAGUGGGUCAGACCCGGAUAGGCUACAAAUGGAUAUAUCUCAGAUGUCGCAGGACGACCCUGAGGAGACGCAGUCAGCUAGGUCGACACAGUCUUCGCCACAGCCACCGAUGGAACACGAACAGGACAAGGAGUCGCUGUGGCAGGCUCUACACAGGCAAAAUGGUCGCAGCGGGGAAGCAACGCAGUUACUGCGACGGCUGAUCAACAGCAAACAGCUUGGUAUGACAGUGUCGCCGCUGAGGACGCCCACCGCAUCCCCACUCUCCACCGCUAUGCAGCAGCCGCUCAACGGCUCUGUUUCACCGAAUGGUGAGUGGCACAGUUCGGGUCGCGGGUCGGGCGUGGCGGGCACGGCGCGAAGAAAACAAAGCUUCCCCGCGCGAGCGCAACCCGUCAUGGCUGUCGACGCGCCCGCCACUAACCAGCAGUGGCCUCAAACAGCUUCAGAAAAUCAGGAACCACCGGACGCGUCUGGCGCGGGCGGGGCGGGCGCGGGCCGCGGCGCCGCUCGCGUAGAACUGUCGUGCAGCAACUGCGGCACGCACACAACCACCAUCUGGCGACGCGACGCGCGCGGCGAGAUGGUGUGCAACGCGUGCGGGUUGUACUUCAAGCUGCACGGAGUCCCGCGCCCCACCGCCAUGCGCCGCGACACCAUACACACGCGCCGCCGGAGGCCACGGCAUGAUGCCAAGCAUACUAAGAGCAAAUCCCGUCGCAGCGGCGGCAGCGGCGGAGGCGGCGGCGGCGGCGCGUGCGAGGCGGGCGAGGGCGCGGGCAGCGGCGGCGAGGGCGCGGAGGAGGCGGUGCUGGCGGCGCUGCGGCGCCAGCUGCAGCCGCACCUGCUGGCCGCGCUGCACGCGCACAACACGCGCACCGUGCGCCCGCACACUGACCAGGUGGGUCUGAACGCUCCCGAGUACGACGAGGCGCCGCUGAACCUAGUAGCCAGUCACGUAGCCGCGGCCGAGGAGACGCACUGACUGCCCCUGUGAUAGCCUCACUCACACUUCCCACAGAGCAUUGCGUGUAUCCUGUAUCGAUCGCUUCUCUUCCACGACUAACUAGUGUUCCCGCGAACGUUUUACACAAGCAGCCUUUUGUAAAACACUCGCCCCAACACUCACUCGAAAAGCAAUAAAUUUAUAGCGUUAAGUAUACAUGCAAUAAUAACAUUCUUCAUAUUAUAUAGUACUAAAUAUCUAUUUAGUGAUAGUUCAGGCCAGUGUUUGAUGACAAUAGAGGGAAAAAUAUAUAUUUAAAAAUUGUUCAUUCCUUUCGUCCGGUCGUCAUAGAGCUAUAAUGAAAUGUGAAUUAUUUUUAUAGGAGAUCAUACAUUUUUCAUAAUCGAUUCUCACUUAGCACUUUAUUGACGGUUUCGGCUUUUCAAAUUAAAAAUAUAUCUAGCGACCGGUUGAACUUUGGAAUAGUUAUCUACAAGUGCUUUUAAACUAAAACUAAAGCAAUAAGUAGGUUGUCGACACGGUAAAGAUUACAUAAAUGUUUAUAGAAACGCGUUGGCAAAAAAUAGAUGCCUUUUAAAUCACGUGCCUAAUUUUCGUGGUCGACAAUCCAGUGUAAUUAAUAUUCAAAGCAAAUCGUCUCGAACGUCGAUUAACAAUAUACAAAUACUAGGGCAUUACGCAUUAUCACUUCGUGAUUUGGUCGCGGGAAUCGUUCAUUGUAUUAGUGCCUAUUUAAUGUAUAGGGAAGAAAAUGGUACCAUAGUGAAUGAUAUGCGAAAGGGAACUCUGUGUGUACAUAUUUUCUUAACAUGUGAUAUGUAUGAUUGUUGGUCAUACAUGUGAACGCAUCGUGCAAUUUGUGAUGUGGCAGCUCGGAACACUCCAAACAUGAGAUUAGUUCUAGCGGCCGUAUGAAAACUAUUCGGGUUUGUUCGUUAAACUUCGUACAGACGCCGAUUUCGAUCUGUAAUAAUAAAUCUCAAAACGAUAAUGACACUAUAUCGGGUUUUAUUAUAGUAAGCCUUGCCUUAGAAUGCUCUCUUUGAUAUUAUUGAAAUUAUAUUUACGGUUACCUAUUGCAGGACGCAAGUAUUCUUUUAGUUUUAGGUCAUAUUGUAAAUUUUAUUAUUUACGUAGUAGUUUUAAUGCUUGAAUUCAGUAAAUUAUAAGUGUCUAAUUUAUUUCCCAUUUCGGUCAGUAUUUACAAUGUAAGUAUUUUUUUCUGUCGAGUAUUUUUUCUUAGUUAAGGUAACGAAAUGAGAAGAAGCAAUAAUGACAAGCAAAACUAUUUCUGGAAAAUUAUUAGCCAGAUAAUAUUGUCAACACAGGGUUGACAAAUCAGCUUAGACUUUUGAAAUGCUACGAAAUUAACUUUAUUUGAUCUACCUUGCCCUUUUGCAUUACAUGCUUAAAGUUAGUGAUUAACUCCACUAAACCCAUCAUGAUCACUAAUCUGUGACAAAUACUUAGCAUACUUUUCUCAUUAACAUUAUAUCAAUUAUGAUGUUGCCUUUAAACAUUACUAAUAAAACCUGUAACUUUGGCAUUAUUAAAAUAGAUUUACAUCAUAGGUAAAAGUUUAUUUUAAGAAUUAAUUUUUCAAUCCAUUUAUGAUUAUUGGGCAUUUUUGGUUGUUAAGCGUUAGAACAAACCAUUUAACAGAAACGUUGUGGCAUUAUAUUGAGUAAAUCUACCGGAUUCACCUCAUAAUGGUCAGUGUUAUGUGUUUAUUUAUAACAGAAAGCAUUUACGUUAUCUGUACCUUGAACUGGGCUGUUAUGUUAUUGCUUCCAUUCGACUUAUUUAGCUGUGAACUCUGUCACCGUCCUUUACUUGACGUCUCUACUUAACUUAGUAUUAGUUCGUUUAAUUAUCGAAACCCCACGGGCCAGUAAAAUACAGCAGUCUAUGAGACAUUGUGAUAAUACUUAGCAAGACAAACUCAGCUGUAGCGUCGCUGAGAUCCUGAUCGUAUUGUGUUGCAGCUAACCUUCAACGUUACGUCAAGCUUAUCGUAUUUAUAAAGCUUUAAAAAUUGAGAUUAUUUAUUCAUUCUUAUUGGGAUCACUGUAUAGUUGUCGGAGUAGUGUGUACCCUAAGUACCGCGUAGUAUUUUGCUUACGUUUAUUUCGGAGUAGCAGUCUACCUUGACAAUAAUGUUUCACUAACUUAUGAUGAAACUGUAACGUACGUAAAUUCUAAAAUUGUUUUGCUCUCUACUUAACUAUAGCUCUCUGUAUGAUGAUAUUAAAUUGAAAAUCAAUAUUUAUCCAUGAUAAUUUUUGAACUUGAUAUAGUACCUAGGGUGUGUUUAUUUUUCUAAGAGUAUAUCUUUGAUGGAAUUUUAUCUCGAAUAUUAUUAUUUUUUAAAUUGGAGCCAGGAAUAAUGGUUUAAGUCAGUGAAUAUUAAAAUGGAUACUUAUGUUGAUAUUUUUUUUCGAAUUUGAAUUAUAAUAAAAUACCAGUUGUACCUACCAAGUAUUGGUUUUGAAAUAGGAAAAUAUACACAAUAUGCAAUUGGAUGGUAUUAUUUAUGGAGUGGUUGCUUCAAUGCAUUACCAGUGGUGAUGGAAAUACGACGCGGUGUAGGGGUAACGUGUUGCGUCAGUAUGAAACCACACAGUGUAGUAGUAGCAAUCGCUAUGAAUUCUCCACGAAUAUUGCUAAUUGCAGUAGUGACACAGUAUUAUUUUAUUGAACUCUACUCUGUACAUUUGUGUUAGGUUUAUUAUUUUUGUAUUUUUAUAGGUUUUAUCUAGAUUGACUUCCGAAUUUAAAUUUGUAAUUGUAGUUGUGGGUGGUAGUGUAGUGGAAUGUUUGGUUAAAUAUUCUCACUGGAACAUCGUCGUCUCCGAACUGCUAGACCAACUCGUGUCUGUGUCUGGUAGAUGAAGCAGAAUACAGCUCUAAUAGAUCUUCCAAUUUGGUUAUUUAUUAUUGUUAGGUUAAUUUAUGGAUAUAUCGGUAUUAAGAGUUGAUGAACAAUGUAUAUCGUCAUUUAGUUACUAACAAACCGGUUGUGUUGUGUGUGCUUACGCUCUAACAAGCAUGUGUUUGUGAUUUUGUUUUAUUAUCACGUCUGACAGGGACGCAGACAGUACCAAUGUUGUUGUGUAUUAUUAUAAUUUAUGCUGGAAUAUGGGCUUCGUAUUCAUAUACUAGGAAUUCCAUUCGACAUUGUAUGUAACAUCAUUUUUCGAAGAUUAAAGACUGACAAGAACUCUCAUAAUGUCUUCUGUUUUGUAAUCUCUCUCUAUUUCACUCGAAUUAUUCGAAAAAUGUUGAUGUAAAAGUAUUUUAAUUCAUUGUGAUAUCUUUUGUUGGAGAAUGUAGAUGUGUGUAUCCGAAAAGCAAUAACAUUGUGAUAAGUGGUGAUGAACAUUGUAUGUUAAACUGAACACUUAAUUCUGAAUAAUAUAGAAUGAAUAUUGUCAAUUAUAUAUUGAGCGCGCUGGACGGGUGAGCACGCAGCCAAUAAACUUAAUGCCUCGAACUAGUUUCGAAUAAUGUUACGAUAGCAAUAAAUUUGAUGAAAGCAAUAGACCACAUACGGUCACAUUAGCCUUAUAUUUCACAUUAAAUAUACUAUACUUAUCGUAAUUAUGAUUAAGAAAAAGUGUUGUAUUUACCUAGUUACUGCGAGCCCAGUCGUCCAGUGGCAAAACUUUGAUACCGAUAAGCUCGUCUUUAAUGUCAAAUUUCAACUCGUUUGAUUAUAAGCAGAUGUAAAUUAGUCUGCAGGAUGAUUUCCUUCGUAAAGACGUAUUUAUAUAUUAUGAUGUAAAGCAAUAAUUUCCAAUAUAGAAAGCUUGAUGGACCAUUUGUUAUUGUUGUUGUCAAAUUACAUAACUGUACGUAUUUAUAGUAAGUUUCAGCAUAAAUUAUCCGUUUGAGAUUGUUUAGUAUGAACACGUGGCCGGAAUACUCAUUGUGAAACAUUAGUUAUUGUUGUAUAGAUGAUAAAUAAUGUGACUUACGCAGGGAUGGAUACUUAAAUUAUUAAAGUUUUAACUGAUAUAUUGGCUAUGUAGUGAGUAGAAUAUUUUUUUACAAAUAAAUUAUAGCAGCUAA